AUGUCGACUUUAAAACAGAGGAAAGAGGACUUUGUGACAGGGUUUAAUGGUGGUUCUAUAACAGAAAUUAACGCAGUGACAUCAACUGCUUUGGUAACUUACAUAUCAUGGAACUUGUUGAAAAAUUCCACCCUUAUACAUUCUGAGAAAUCCAACGUACAAUAUAUGAUUGAUUUUGCAUUGAAUUGGGUUGCUUUGCUUCUAUCGGUUACUAUAUAUGCUGGUGAUCCAUACCUUUUAAACACGCUAAUAUUGUUACCUUGUUUGCUCGCAUUCACCUAUGGAAAACUCAGCAGCUCCAACAAGCCUUCUAAUUCAACAUACAACAAAAAAAGAACAAACUCACAGGGGUUCCAGCUGGAAAAAAAGCCUUAUAUUACUGCCUAUCGUGGCGGGAUGCUUAUUCUGACCGCCAUUGCCAUAUUGGCUGUAGAUUUCCCCAUUUUUCCAAGAAGAUUUGCCAAGGUGGAAACUUGGGGAACAUCCUUGAUGGAUCUUGGUGUAGGGUCAUUCGUUUUCAGUAAUGGUAUUGUUUCUUCUAGGACGCUGUUGAAAAACCUAAGCCUGAAGAGUAAACCCAGCUUCGUAAGAAAUGCAUUUAAUGCUUUGAAAUCGGGAGGAACUCUAUUGUUCUUAGGCUUGCUAAGGUUAUUUUUUGUAAAAAAUCUGGAAUAUCAAGAACAUGUCACAGAAUAUGGGGUCCAUUGGAAUUUUUUUAUAACCUUAUCAUUGUUGCCACUCAUAUUGACCCUCAUUGAUCCCAUCACAAGAAUAAUUCCACGCUGCGCAAUUGCGAUAUUUAUUUCAUGUAUUUAUGAAUGGUUACUAUUAAAAGAUGAUCACACUUUAAACUUUUUAAUCUUGGCUGAUAGAAAUGGCUUCUUUAGUGCUAAUAGGGAAGGUAUCUGCUCAUUCUUAGGUUAUUGCUCGAUUUUCCUUUGGGGCCAAAAUACAGGAUUUUACUUGUUGGGAAAUAGACCAACUUUAAACAAUCUUUAUAAGCCUUCUACGCAAGACUUAGUUGUUGGAUCGAGGAAACCUUCGACUUGGGAUUAUUGGACUUCGGUGACCCCAUUAACUGGCCUCUGCAUAUGGAGUACAGUUUUUAUUGUUAUCAGCCAAUUGGUCUUUCACUGCCAUCCUUAUAAUGCUUCAAGAAGGUUUGCCAAUUUACCGUAUACUUUGUGGGUUAUUACUUAUAACUUGCUUUUUUUGACUGGAUACUGCUUAACCGACAAGAUCUUUAAUAAUUUUUCUGAAAAUUAUAAAGUUGCCGAAUCUUUGGAAUCAAUAAACGCCAAUGGAUUGUUUUUAUUUUUGUUAGCAAAUGUUUCCACUGGAUUGGUUAAUAUGUCUAUGGUAACAAUAGAUUCUUCAACUGUAAUAUCACUUUUGGUUUUACUGGCUUACUGUUCAUUCAUAGCUGUCGUGUCGAUUCUCUUAUAUAGAAGAAGAAUUUUCAUUAAACUAUAG